AUGCCAACGAAGUCGAAUAAAAAGAUUCAAGGACCAAGUCUUUAUAAGACUUUCGUUGAUGCUUAUAUGAAAGCUCGUCCAAAUGAGACUCGAGCUGCAAAAUUCUAUGAUGCACAAGUCGAAUGGAACGAAAUCAAAUCGAACGAAGAAUAUGUGAAAGAAAAAAUCGAAGAAUAUUUAGAAAUUUAUAAUUCACUAGAUGAAACAGUGAAUGAAGAUUUCGACCAACCAACGUCUCCAAUUGAACCAAAAUCUCUUCGUUCUCGAAUGAAAAAGAAGUCAAAAGUCGAUGUUGACAACAAUGAAGACGAACAGCCCAAUGCAUCAGAUAACUGCAAUGAGAAACAAGAGAAAAAGAAGAAACCAGCAGUUCGUAUAAAAAAACCUAAAAUCCUUCAAGAAAAAACCCUUGAAGAUCCAACACAAGUUCCACCUAUACCUGGUAUUCCAUUAGAACCGUUAGCAAAACAAAAACGACAACCAGCACAAGAGCGUAUUUUUAAAGAAAUAACAGCGAUUAAUGAACGAAUAGCUUCGUUAAUUCAAGUGAGACAAAUGGGUUUGGCGACGGUGGAGAACAGGAAACAAUUGAAACAGUUAAUUAAAGAUCGAAAUACGAAAGGAUUUGAAUUAAAACGGCUUCAAUCGAAGCAACGCUCAUCGAGUAGAUAUCGCGUGAAAAAAAAACAAAUCGUCCAACAUUUGUUUGAAACUAAACCUGAAUUACAUCCUCAACUAAAUAAACUUUAUCGACGUACCACUGGCCGGCCACGAGUUGAGGAAUAUUGUCCAGAUUUAUUACAAAUGAUCGAAGAAAUAGCGAAAGUCGGUGGUGCAAGUGAUGGUCGGCGUCAAACAGAAAUCAUUCGUCCUUGUUUAACAUUAGACGAUUUACGUGAAAAACUCAAACAACGUGGUUAUGAUAUCAAACGAACAACACUCUAUUAUCGUUUGUUACCUCAUCGUGCGAAAUCGAUCGAUGGUCGUCGACAUGUUUACACAGUUCCUGUUCGUCUUCGUCGUGCACAAAAUGAUGAACAUGGCAAACAUGAAGAUGGUCAUUUUGCCACAGCAACAAUUCGUUAUAUGAAGGAUUUAGCAUCGAUCUUUGGUAACGAUUGUGUGUUCUAUUUAUCACAAGAUGAUAAAUGUAAAGUUCCAAUUGGUCUACCAGCUGCACGUGCUCAGGCACCGAUGUUAAUGCAUUUGGAUUAUCGAAUACGUUUGCCGGAUCAUGAUUGGACAGUUGCUCCACGUCAUCAGUUGACACCGAGUGUUUAUGCUGCUUGUCUUUUGUCUGAAGAUGGAGAUUUGGGUUAUUCCGGACCAACUUAUGUCGCUAUUCGAUCGGCUAAACAUGAUCUAUCCAGUGCAGAAUCGCAUGGCAUUGAUUUUGAUCGAUUAGUUGGUUUGAAAGAAUUUGAAAAAGCUGCACGCGACGAAACUGGACAAGUCAAGCCGAUUGUUAUUGUUACUGUCGACGGAGGUCCUGAUGAAAAUCCACGAUUUCCGAAAACACUUGUAGCGAGUAUUAGAAAAUUUAAGAAAUACAAUUUAGAUGCUUUGUUUUGUCUUACUCAUGCUCCUGGUCAAUCAGCUUACAACAUUGUUGAACGUCGCAUGGCACCAUUAUCGCAUGAUUUAGCUGGUCUAAUUCUUCCACACGAUCAUUUCGCUGGACAAAUCCUAGCAGAAACAUGGAAUCAGUCCGUUAUUGAUGGCUUUCCAUGUGUAGCGGAGUACAUUAAUCCACCGGCAACAUCCGAUGAUGAACGACGACAAAUCGAUACAAAAAUUGUCAUGGAUGAACUUUUACGACAGAUUUGUGCCGAAGAAGAAGCAGAAGAAGGACACGAGUUUCGUGUUUCAGCACGAGAUGAGUACUAUCAAGAAAAUGCUCGUCAAGCACGAGAGAAAACUGGUGAACAACCAAAAUAUGACAUUGACGAGUAUUGGUGUGCAAUGCAUGUUCUACAAACCCAAUAUACAUUACAAAUAAUUCGUUGUAAUUCUGUCGAAUGCUGUGGACCGUGGAGAUCAAACUAUGUGGAAAUAUUUCCUCAUCGUUUUUUGCCCGCACCUGUUCCAUUUGAACGAACACCGUAUGGAAUUCGAAUGGCUGAUCGAGAUUAUCAACGAGGACAAUUUUAUGGAUCUUUAUUUCAACGAAUUCAAUUUCAUGGCGUUGUCAUUCAACAUACACAAAAUGAAAUGAUACCAUUUGAUUACUGUUGUUCAUCGGUUAAAAAAGAACUAAAAAAACGGACAUGUAAAGUAUGUAAUCAAUACAUUCCGUCGGCAUAUCGAAUGAAAAAUCAUUAUAAAAUUCAUGCUCAACAUUAUGAUGAUGAUUAUGAUCAUGAGCAAGAUGAUACACUAGCGCCAUCUGUCGAAACUGGUGUAACAACAACAACCUCGACUCCGGCGUUUAAAAGUGAAAUGAUCAAUUGGUUACGAUCGGAUUUCGAUGACUUUGACUUAGACUCGUCAUCAAAAGCGGCAAGUGAUCGAGUAACACGCAAUAUGAGAAAACUACGUGUCGAAGAUGGAAAAGAUGAAGAAGACUGGAUUCAUGUCGAAUAA